AUGAGUAAUGAGAGUACCAGUCCAAAGAUAAUCAAGGGCAAAGGAAGCAUAUAUAACUAGUUAAGGAGAAGAGAUGUAUAAAAUCAAAAUUCAGUCUUUGGAACAAAUGUUGGAUAAAGUGAUGAGUCCUUCUUUUCAAAGUAUGGGCCUAAUGGUAGAAUAGUGGGAGGACAAGGACCUAAUUCUAAUACUGAUGAGACUAUUAGGCAUCAAGAUAAUAGCUUCUCUAAGACUCAUUAAUUAAAGUCAAAUAAAACUCUGGGAGGGAGUACAUCUGACUUGAAAGGCCAAUUCAUGCAGAAACUUUAGCUUUAAAGAUGUAACUGGGCAUAAACAUAGUUCUACGCCUGCUUUAUACUUAUUCUAGUAAGUCAAUCAAUCAAGUUGAUACUAAUAAUUGAGUAGAUGUUUGAUAUUGGAACAUACAUUCUCUGCUCGAAUAACAUGUAUAAAGAAGGGAAAUACUUUGCAAUAGCAGUGGGACUUUUUCACUUUGUUACUUUAAUAGCUGACAGUCUGAUCCGUUUGCUUAAGAAAAAAGGUCUAGUGAGAUCUAUAGUCAGAUUGCUUGUGUUCAUCAGCAUGUCAAUUUUGGCAAGAAUUAUCAUCCUGAUGUUUGUACUGCAGUUCUUCUCAGCUAUAGUGUCUACUGAAUCUCUAAAUAAUGAUCACUGCCCUCCCAAUUCUAAUGGCUGCAUCAGGGUCAACAAGUCUAAUCAGUAUCGUGCUAAUAAUAUAGAGAUGAGAUUCCCAGUGACCUUUAAGCAAACUGAUGUGGAAACCAUGAUAACUUCUUGGAUUAAGGAGAAUACAGAUUAAGUGGUCGAAGGUGUGGUUGUUCCAGAUACAUAGAACACUUACAACAAGACUACAAAUUACAGAUUCUCACAAGCUACCUGGUAUGGGAUGAUUAUUGAUACUUUGAUCACUGUCAAGGAAUGUACUUAGGUGUUCAAAGCUAAAACUGUCACUAUGUAGAGUCAGACUAGACUAGGAUAUAAAGACUAUGGAGUGAAUUAUAACAUUAGUGAGGGUUUGUACACCUAUCUUAAUAAAGGAGUCAUAGAGGAUGGCAAAAAAUCCUUUAUCAGCUGUACUUGA